ACUUCCGGUAAUUCUCGCCACGGUCUCCGCCCCUCCACAUACAAUGUAAUGGGCGUUUCCAAAACAAAAGACAGCAGAGGGCACUUCAAAAUGGGAGAGAGCUUUCUUGAACAACUGCGAAUAGACAGCCGGUUUCUGAAACUGGAUCAACGUCUCGAUACAGAACUGGUGGAUAAACUCAUCCUGCAGCUCAACAGAAUCUACCCACAGAUCCUGACUGACAAGGAGGCCUCCAAAUACAGGGAUUUGGAUGUGCCUACGUGUAUCAGGCUGGCGGAGCUGCUGUCUCAUCUACAGGACAAAGGAGAGGAGGCAUGUCGAGAGUUUUACCGCGCAGUGCACCUCCACGCGGAGGAUGUUUAUUUCAGCUUACCCACACGCCUCCGACUCAGAGAUUCUGGUGAACCCAUCGCCCCAAUCCCGAGUCCCAAGGACAGAUAUGUAAUGAAUGACCACAGUCCGCUUUUCUUUCUUAGUUGUUUCAGUGUGGCUGUAGGAGCAGCUCUGCUGUAUUACUAUGGUGAGUCCAAGCAAGUGUCAGGCUCCAGCAGCGCUCUUGGUCUGGCUGCGAUGGGCCUUAGUAGAAAAGUGCGGGACGUUCUCAUCUGGUACACGGAAGAUGGAAAAUAAUGGAUUUUUUGCUGCCUUAAAAAGAAUUUAGAAAAUGCGAUCCGUUUCAAAAAAUGUCAAAAAAUAUUUAAAUUCAGGUUUUAAAAAAAUAUGUACAUACUAUGUAUAUACAGAAUUUUAAAUCCAAAGAUUUAAUUUCAAUAUUUCAUGCCUAAAUCUCUUGUUAUAUUUUUAAAUAUAGCAAUAUAAUGGUUUAUAUAACUACUUAAGAUCUGUAAUCAAACAUUAGAGUCAUGCAUUUGAAAUAAUAGCCAUUUAUAUGCAAUACCAGGAGCAGGAACUCAUUACUUUUUAAGGAAUGUUGGAUAGGAACCAAACUUGCUACUUACGCAUAAGUAUUGAAUUGAAGUUGAAACGUAGAGCUGCUCUGUUAAUGAUGCAACCCUUAUUUUGUUUGUGCAUUUGUUUUAUUGUACUUCAAAAACAGAACUCAUUAUUAUUUAUAUAUUAUUCAUAGUCAAUACAUAUUUCACUUCUCACAGACUUGGGACUUGCUAAGAGAUUAUAGUAGUAAAAUUUAAACACAGAGGUUUAUAAUUCACUACACCAUUUAGUACACUACCAGUCAAAAGUUUUUGAACGCCAAGAUUUUUAAUGUUUUUAAAGAAGUUUCUUCUGCUCACCAAGCCUGCGUUUAUUUCAUCCCAAGUACAGCAAAAAUUAAAUAUUUUUACUAUUUAAAAAUAACUGUUUCUAUUUGAAUAUAUUUUAAAAUGUAUUUUAUUCCUGUGAUCAAAGCUAUAUUUUCAGCAUUAUCACUUCAGUGUCACAUGAUCAUUCAGAGAUCAUUCUAAUAUGCUGAUUUGCUGUUCAGGAAACAUUUUUUAUUAAUAAUAUCAAUAUUUAAAACAGUUGAGUACAUUUGUUUUGGGAUUCUUUGAUGAAUAGAAAUCCAAUUUUUUAUUUUUUUUUUUAAUACAAAUUAAUACUUUUAUUUAGCAAGGAUGCUUUAAAUUGCUGAAAAGUGAUGAUAAAGAUUUUUAAUGUUACAGAAGAUUUCGAUUUGAGAUAAAUGCUAUUCUUCUGAAAAUUGUUUUCAACAAAAAUAUUUUUUUUUUUUAGAAGCAGAUCAGUAUAUUAGAAUGAUUUCUGAAGGAUCAUGUAACUGGAGUAAUGAUGCUAAAAAUUCAGCUUUGAAAUCACAGAAAUAAAUUACAUUUUAAAACAUAUUUAAAUAGAAAACAGUUCUUUUAAAUAGUAAAAAUAUUUUUAAAUUUUCUUGUUUUUGCUGUACUUUGAAUAAAAUAAAUGCAGGUUUGGAGAGCAAAAGUGAAUUCUUUAAAAACAUUAAAAAUCGUACUGUUCAAAAACUUUUGACUGGUAGUGUACAUGGGUAAACUUGACAAAUCAAAUAGAUCAAAUCAAAGUCAGAAUAUUUUGAGACAAAAUAAAUACUACAGGUAAAUCUGAACCUCUGAGUAUUAGGAGUUUGUUACUUUGUAAUACAUUUUUUGUGGGCUAAGAUUUCAACAAAUAUGUUUAUAUUGUUUGCUUACUUUUAUACUAGCAGUAUGUUUGUACUGGUUUGUGUACUAAUAAUUAAUAUUGUCAAAUUACUCCUGUGGCCUUUUUUCUGCAGUGCAAUUUUAAGUGUUUUGUAAAACUUUGGGCCUACAAAUUGUUCAGAUGGGGCACAUUCACAAUAGUUACAUGAAAAACACUAUAUUUUGUCAGGGGAUAAAAAAUGAUUAGUCUAAAUAAAACUCUAAAACUGU